UUAAACAAUAAAUAUUUACCUCUAUAUCCAAACUCCAAAUUCCAAAUUUCAGUUUCAAUACACAAUCCCUCAAAUGCCGCCAAAUUCCAAAUUUCCCACCAAACCAAAUUCCCAAAUUAAACAGUCCACGCAUCCAUUCCACAAUUACCCCUACUCAUUUCCACACUUCCACAUCAAAAACACUCAAAAUAAUCCAUCACUAAGGCCACAUCCGUAAAACCACCAACCCUUCAAAUCCCAAACUUCCCAUUUCCUUCAAUCUUCUCCCACAAGCUUUCUAUUGCUCAAAAAACCUAUCACCAUUUCAAAAUCUUCAACUAUAAAUAUUCCUCAAAACCUCACUUUUCAUCAAAUCAAACCCUAAACUCUAAACUCUAAACAUUUCAUCUUCUCCGAAAUCGCAAUGCCUGUAAUGGCAGAAGAGCCUCUCCUUGCACCCAACCCAGACCGCUUCUGCAUGUUCCCAAUCCAAUACCCCGAAAUCUGGCAAAUGUACAAGAAAGCCCUCGCCUCCUUCUGGACCGCCGAAGAAGUCGACCUCUCCCACGACCUCCGCGACUGGGACUCCCUCAACGACGGCGAACGCCACUUCAUCACCCACGUCCUCGCCUUCUUCGCCGCCUCCGACGGCAUCGUCCUCGAAAAUCUCGCCGGAAGGUUCAUGAAAGAAGUCCAAAUCGCCGAAGCACGCGCCUUCUACGGCUUCCAGAUCGCCAUCGAGAACAUCCACUCCGAGAUGUACAGCCUCCUGUUAGAAACCUACAUCAAGGACUCCACCGAGAAACACCGCCUCUUCCACGCCGUCGAAACCAUCCCCUGCGUCGCGAAGAAAGCCGAGUGGGCGAUGAAAUGGAUCGACGCAUCGGAUUCCUUCGCGGAGCGGGUGGUUGCCUUCGCCUGCGUGGAAGGGAUCUUCUUCUCCGGGAGCUUCUGCGCGAUCUUCUGGUUGAAAAAACGCGGUCUCAUGCCGGGGCUCACGUUCUCCAACGAGCUGAUCUCACGCGACGAGGGGCUUCACUGCGAUUUCGCGUGCUUGUUGUAUUCUCUUCUGGAGAAGAAGCUUAGCGAGGAGCGCGUGAAGGGGAUUGUGCGUGAUGCGGUGGAGAUUGAGAGGGAGUUUGUGUGCGACGCGCUGCCGUGUGUUGUUGGGAUGAAUGGGGAUCAGAUGAGUCAGUAUAUUGAGUUUGUUGCGGAUUAUUGGCUUGAGAAGCUUGGGUGUGGGAAAGUGUAUAAUGUGGUGAACCCGUUUCCUUGGAUGGAGUUGAUUUCGUUGAAGGGGAAAACUAACUUCUUUGAGAAGCGCGUUGGAGAGUACCAGAUUGCUUCUGUCAUGAAUGGUGAUGGUGGUGCCAGAGUCUUCAACAUGGAUGAGGAGUUUUGAUUUCAUAAUCCCUUUUAGAAUAUCUCUAAUGUUUAAUUUAUCAGUGUUGCUAGAUUGGAUUCAUGCUUUUUUUCAUCUAAAAGUUCUUUUUAAUGUAUAAUUUGUUCUUUUUAUUCCA